AUGAAAGCGGCUUCUAAGUGGUCUACUGCUGAUUAUGAAAUUUUUGAUAUUGUAUCUGCUUUAGAAUCCACAGAAGGAAAAGGAACAACCUUUUAUUCUUUUUUAAAUCUCAAAAAAGGCCCAGACUCUAAAAUUGAUGAAAUAAAUAAAGCAUAUCGUCAAAAAGCACUAGAACUACACCCAGAUAAAAUUAAAGAUAAGAAAUUACACAAGAUUUCACAAGAAAGAUUUUCCAGGCUCGGAUUAAUUGCAAAUAUUCUAAGAGAUGAUGAAAGGAAAAAAAGAUAUGAUUUUUUCUAUAAAAAUGGUUUUCCAAAAUGGAAAGGGAGUGGAUAUUAUUAUUCUAGAUAUCGACCUAGUUUUGGCUUCGUUUUACUAAUUCUUCUUAUAAUCUCAUCAGGUUUACAAUAUAUAUCUUUAAGAUUAAAUGCCAUGAGGCAUAGGAACCGUAUAAAAUAUUAUAUUUUAUCAGCAAGAUACGCAGCAAGGGGCCCUAAUAUUACUUCUCAGCGCAAUCCAGGAAGAAGAAAAGUAAUAGACCAAGAAACUGGACGUUCAUUUAUUGUAGAACCUGAUAACUCGGUGUAUUUUGUUGAUACAAAUGGAUCAAAAUGGCAUUUGGAUAUUAAUAAUGUCCCACCUGCACAACUCAAGAAUAUUUUCAUUUUCGUCUUUCUUAGAUUUCUUUGGAAACAUAGUUUUAAAAGACUUUACCAUAUACUUUUACAAAAACCAGAACAUACAUCUAAACCUAAUAACAAAAUACAACAAAUGUAA